GAACAUGGCGGACCUGGAGGCGGUGCUGGCCGAUGUGAGCUACCUGAUGGCGAUGGAGAAGAGCAAGAGCACGCCGGCCGCCAGGGCCAGCAAGAAGAUCAGCCUGCCCGAGCCCAGUAUCCGCAGUGUUAUGCAAAAAUAUCUUGAGGAAAGGGGUGAAUUAACCUUUGACAAGAUUUUCCAUCAGAAAAUCGGAUUCUUGCUUUUUAAAGACUAUUGCAUGAAUGAGAUCGAUGAGGCUGUCCCGCAGCUGAAGUUCUACGAAGAGAUAAAAGAGUACGAGAAGCUGGACUCCGAGGAGGAGCGUCUUAGCAGGAGUCGGCAGAUUUAUGACACGUACAUCAUGAAGGAGCUGCUGGCGUGUUCACACCCUUUCUCAAAACAAGCUGUAGAUCACGUGCAAAUGCAUUUAGCCAAGAAACAAGUGCCAGCCAGCCUUUUUCAGCCGUAUAUAGAAGAAAUUUGUGAUAGUCUCCGAGGAAAAAUAUUUCAAAAAUUUAUGGAAAGUGACAAGUUUACUAGAUUUUGUCAAUGGAAAAACGUAGAACUAAAUAUUCACCUGACCAUGAAUGAUUUUAGUGUACAUAGAAUAAUUGGAAGAGGGGGAUUUGGUGAGGUGUAUGGCUGCAGAAAAGCAGACACUGGAAAAAUGUAUGCAAUGAAAUGUUUAGAUAAGAAGCGAAUCAAGAUGAAGCAAGGAGAAACAUUAGCCUUAAACGAAAGAAUUAUGCUGUCUCUUGUCAGCACAGGAGACUGUCCUUUUAUAGUGUGUAUGACCUAUGCCUUCCACACCCCUGACAAGCUGUGCUUCAUUCUGGACCUGAUGAAUGGAGGAGAUUUGCACUACCACCUCUCCCAGCAUGGAGUGUUUUCUGAAAAAGAAAUGCGGUUUUAUGCUACUGAAAUCAUCCUGGGCUUAGAACACAUGCACAAUCGCUUUGUCGUGUACAGAGACUUAAAGCCUGCAAAUAUCCUGUUGGAUGAACAUGGGCACGUCAGAAUAUCAGAUCUCGGGCUGGCCUGCGAUUUCUCCAAGAAGAAGCCCCAUGCUAGUGUAGGAACGCACGGCUACAUGGCUCCCGAGGUGCUCCAGAAGGGAACCGCGUACGACAGCAGUGCCGACUGGUUCUCCCUGGGCUGCAUGCUUUUCAAGCUGCUGAGAGGUCACAGUCCUUUCAGACAACACAAAACCAAAGAUAAGCAUGAGAUUGACCGGAUGACGCUCACCGUGAAUGUGGAGUUACCAGAUUCAUUUUCUCCUGAGCUGAAGUCCCUUUUGGAAGGGCUUCUUCAGCGGGAUGUUAGCAAGAGACUUGGCUGCCAGGGGCGCAGUGCACAAGAAGUAAAAGAGCAUCCUUUCUUCAAAGGGAUCGAUUGGCAGCAAGUCUAUUUGCAGAAGUAUCCUCCACCAUUGAUUCCUCCCCGGGGAGAAGUAAAUGCAGCAGAUGCUUUUGAUAUUGGGUCCUUUGAUGAAGAGGACACUAAAGGCAUUAAGUUGCUCGAUAGUGACCAGGAAUUAUAUAAGAACUUUCCUCUGGUAAUAUCGGAGCGCUGGCAGCAAGAAGUAGCAGAAACAGUUUAUGAUGCAGUGAAUGCAGACACAGAUAAAAUUGAGGCCAGAAAAAGGGCUAAAAAUAAACAGCUUGGCCAUGAGGAAGAUUACGCGCUUGGGAAGGACUGCAUCAUGCACGGUUACAUGCUGAAACUGGGCAAUCCCUUCCUCACCCAGUGGCAGCGUCGUUACUUUUACCUCUUCCCAAACCGCCUGGAGUGGCGAGGAGAAGGAGAGUCACGGCAAAAUCUACUGACAAUGGAGCAAAUAGUAUCUGUUGAAGAAACGCAAAUUAAAGAUAAGAAAUGCAUCUUACUGCGAAUUAAAGGAGGAAAACAGUUUGUCCUGCAGUGCGAGAGUGACCCAGAGUUUGUUCAGUGGAAAAAAGAGCUGACAGAAGCUUUUACUGAGGCCCAGAGGUUGCUGCGCCGGGCUCCCAAGUUUCUCAAUAAGUCCCGCUCGACGGUGGUAGAGCUCUCGAAGCCGCCCCUCAGCCACAGGAAUAGCAACGGUCUGUAGGAGACAGAGAGAACAACGGUCACGUGGGGAAGGCUACGUGUGGCGCCUCGCAGAAUCAUUGCUAAUGAAUUACUUUGUGCAGUCCUGGAAGCAGGCUGUCCUUAGGAGGAGAGGAAGGAGAUGUUUACAGCACGGGAUGCGAGAACUCGGUACGUGGCGGCCGGGCUCGGCGCGAGCGGGCGGGCAGCCCGGCGCUGGCGGGAGCCGCCGGGCGCCGAGGCCGCGACUUGCUCCCGUGCGCCCCGCACCCUGGCGGUGCUGGCAAACGGGCCGUUCCCCCAGAACUGCUGAUGGGAGGAAAAUACUGUUCUCUCUGCAAUACCCUCGUGAGGUUUAUGCCAAGCCUGGAAGCAGAAGUGGCUACUGCUGGUUAGGAUUUACACUUCUGUGUCUGAUCUCGACGACCCGCUCGACUCUGGAAGGAGCUGCAGACGUGCCGUGUUGGAGGACGUUGAACCUGUCGCGUUGCCAUGUUCUUCCCGACCAUUACUGCUGACUUUACUGUAACCCUUCUCCAUACUGCUGGUCAUCAACAGCGUGACUCUGACGCACUUCGAAGUACUGAAUUCUACCUGUCCUGUGGUUUAAGUGUUAUUGCUACUUCAUGGAAACAUGGAAGUCAAAUUAUUCACUUGGUUUGUUGUACUCACUAACAGUAGCUACCACCGUUUUGCUUCUUCUACGUAUAUGCAGUACUAUAACUGACACAAUAGAGUAAUAAUUGGUGAAGAGGAAUUUGUGGUAGCUUCAUCUAGUGCUCUGUUGUAUACAUUGACGAUUUUAGCACAGUUUUUAAAGAGCAGAUUCCUUUCGACAAGUUUACAGUGAAUAUAAAGACAGUUCUUUUCCAUUUCAGGUCAACUGCACUUUUUAAAAAUUAAAAAGAAGUUACUCAAAUCCAAUGCAUUCUAGUGCAUGUACUGGGUUCAGAUGUAUGGGUCCUUGGUACGUGUUCUGGAUCACUCUUCAGUUACGGGACUUGUGGAUCCUUCUCUGUUUUUUACAGAACCAUAAGCAAGUGUGUUUGUUCUCUAGCAUAAAUAUCCCCGACUCUCAUGGUAGCCCCACUCAGAAGAGCCGCGUGUACCUCGUAAGGCUCAGCUUGCAGGAUCUUUAGUUUUCUUCCCUAGACAAUUCAGAAUGAAAAAAGUUGGAGAAAAAGUUGGAGAAAACUGAGCCUGGAGCUGACAGAAUGAGCUGAUCAAAUGCCAGAGCUGUAUUAAUUUUACUUAAGACAUCAGUCAUGUCGUGUGGAAACUGUUGUUUUACAAAAGUGAGGAUACAACCUCUAAUUGUGAGGCAGCUUUUGAGCGUAUGAAGUCACCUUCUCCCUGGUUGAUGUGAUGAGUUUCUUUUCUUUCUUAUUUUUUUUCUCCCCCUCCUAUGACAGAGGGGAGUCAGGGCUGACUUUAGGCUGAGUUUAAGCGCUGUCCUGGCUCUGUAACCCCGGGGAAGGUUUCCUGCCGCUUGCAGCGCGGUGGGAAUUGCACCCUGGCAGCAGGAGCAGUUCCACCCGCAGGCGCCCGGUUCCUCCUGGGCCCGGUCGCGUCCGGGUUGUGCUGCCAGCAGAUCACCAGCGCGCCCGGGCCCAUUCCCUUCGAAAUACCAGUUGGCAAAAUUGCAUGGUUCGUUUCGGAAGCGUUUGCUUCUCCUGAAAGCAGAUGUAUUUGCACCCAAACAUGGGAUCGGCCAAGCUCUUUGCAAACGGCAAAUUCUCUUGCUAUAAUCUGGCAUAGCAUAAAAGGAAAGAUGCAUGUUAGAAAAUACCUCAUGGCUGUUGGGUAAUACUUUUAAUGAUAUUCCCCAUUUAUUUUUUU